AUGACAGAGUUGGAGGUAAAAGAGACCGUUGCAUUGGGCCUGUCCAGCAGCCCAUUUGCCUGCUCCUCACUCACUCAGCUUAGUGGAGGAACAGCCAAUUUCGUUUAUCGCGGCGUUCUCUCUCGACCUCUUCCAAAUGGCACGACAACCGUUAUUGUCAAGCAUGCGGAAGAAUAUCUCGCUUCAAACUCAGAUUUUAAGCUGACUGCAAAGCGAUGUUUAGUAGAGGAAGCCGCCUUGCGGGCCCUGGACGGCAUGCAAAGCGAGACCACGACAAAGGAAGACUCGGACUUUGAUCAGAAACAUCAAGUAAUUGUCAAAUCGCCCAAGCUAUUGCACUUCAGCCGAUCGACAUAUACCCAGGUCAUGGAAGAUCUGCCCGACUCUGUAGACCUAAAGACUUUCCUGCUCUCAUCUGAUAUCUCGGAAAGGGUCUCAAAGGAGUGGGUACUGUCUAUCGGCCGCACUAUAGGUUCCUGGCUACGUUUAUUCCACGUCUGGAGUAUACACCCAGCGCAGUCGAAGUUUGCAGAGCAGCUUGCUGAGAACACGGUUAUGCGGGAUCUGAAGUUUUCUAUUAAUUACGACAGUCUUGUGAGCAUGAUUGAUGCAUACCCUGAUAUCCUCGGGGAUAGUCAUACCAGCCCAGGCCCGUUAUACUCAACCUUGCAGCUCAAUGCUGACGGUACCAGCGUCUUGAUUCCCAAAACAGCGUUUGAAGAUCAAGCAGCAUCACCGACAACCCCGACCCCGCUCUUUAUCACAGAUUGGGAACUCGCCCAGCAUGGAACUCGAGCUCUUGAUUUAGGGCAAAUGAUCGCAGAACUGUACAUGCUCAAUCACUACAAAGAUACUGAUGCGGGAUUGUGGGUUAUAGAAGGUUUUUUACAGGGGUAUGGGUAUCAGCAUAUCCCGGUAAAGAUUGCCUUCCGAACGCUCAUCCAUGUCGGUGUACACUUCAUUUUCUGGGGUAGUACAACACCCGGAUGGGGGAGUCAGGAGCAGGUUCUCGAUUUAGUCAAACUUGGUAGGGAACUGGUUGUCAGGGCGUGGGAGACGGAUCGGACGUGGUUUGAAGGGAAAUUUUGGGAGGUGUUUUUCAAGGCUAGGACCUAGGUGGACACGACGGACUGUCCAUCAUUUCAGCAAACAAUGAGACAGAAAGAUGUACGUCGUACUAU